GGGCCUUUUUGAGAACACUUUUAUGAUUGCAGAGAGCUCUACUUGGCAAUCCCCGGUUGCUGCAAUAGAUAAGCAGAAUGGAAAGUGACAUAUCCCGUGCGCCAAGACUCACACCUAUCCCUGCCUCCAUGAGCUGCAUCGCACCCAUUCAUCAUCCCUGGGAACCACAACCUGCACUUCCCUGAACACCAGAACCUAGUGGGAUUAGAUCCAGGGAUCUGAUCUGCUUGACUAUGGCGCAGGACAUGUCUCUUCUUCCUCCACGCCCCUCCUCCGCCGGCUCCUCGAUUCGGAACGCCAAUGCGGAAGAAGAAGCCCUGCUAACCGGCGAACGAGUCAAGCGGGAGCAACUGCAAGACAACGGCAGACGCGCUUUCUGGAAGGAGGUCGGUCUUUUCGCUUGGGCUUCCAUAGCCACGAUCGCUGUCAUUGUCAUCGCCGUCGUCUACCAGCAUGAGAUAGCCAAAAUCCAUCGCGCGAACCCCCCUUGGAGUCCCAAGGAGAAACCCACCGGCAAGCGCAACCUGAUCUUUAUGGUAUCCGAUGGUAUGGGACCAACCAGUCUUUCUAUGACAAGGAGUUUUAGACAAUUCACGGAUGGCCUACCCAUUGAUGAUAUCCUGGUCCUGGAUAAGCACCAUAUCGGGACGUCGAGGACGAGGUCCAGCUCCAGUUUGGUCACGGAUUCCGCGGCCGGGGCGACGGCAUUUUCAUGUGGUGAUAAGAGUUACAACGGGGCUAUUUCUGUGCUCCCGGAUCAUUCGCCGUGUGGCACGGUGCUCGAGGCAGCUGCGUUGGCUGGGUACAAGACUGGAUUGGUGGUGACGACGCGGAUCACGGAUGCGACACCCGCAUGUUUCGCUUCCCAUGUAAACAUGAGACAGUACGAAGAUAAGAUUGCGGCGCAAGAAAUUGGCGAGCACCCCCUGGGUCGUGUUGUCGACCUCAUACUGGGUGGAGGACGGUGCCAUUUCCUGCCUAACUCGACCGGUGGAAGCUGUCGGGGCGACGAUCGAGAUUUGAUUGCAGCUGCGCACGGGAAUGGAUUUAGCUACAUAAAUGACAGAGCCGGGUUUGAUGCCUUGAAGCAGGGAACGGCGGCAAAGUUACCCCUUCUGGGUCUCUUUGCGGAUCAAGAUAUCCCUUAUGAGAUUGACCGUCGCAGCCAAAACGAUGUGUAUCCGUCUCUGGAGGAGAUGGCUCGCACAGCAUUGACAGCACUUAGCGAAGCUACCAAGGACAGUGAGCAGGGGUUCUUCCUUAUGAUCGAAGGCUCCCGAAUCGAUCAUGCUGGCCACGGUAAUGACCCCGCGGCGCAGGUUCACGAGGUCCUCGCCUACGACAAGGCAUUCGCUGCAGUUGCGGAAUUCCUGGAAAAUGAUUCGACUCCUGGCGUUCUUGUAAGCACGUCAGAUCAUGAAACCGGUGGCCUUGCGGCAGCGCGACAACUGCACAAGUCAUACCCGGAGUACAAGUGGUUCCCGAGUGUUCUUGCCAAUGCCAACCAUUCUGUAGAGUACGUUUCUGGUAAGUUCCACGAAUACCUCCAGGACCGGGGUAGGGAAGACAGUGAGUCGAAGCAGCGGGAGUACGUCGUCAAGAACCUCCUGGAGAAAGGGCUGGGCGUGACGGACCCUGCGGACUGGGAGGUGGAUGCUUUGUUGGAUGCGGGCUCAGAAUUGCCUCCGAGUUACGUUUUUGCGGAUAUCAUCAGUCGAAGGGCACAGAUUGGCUGGUCGACUCAUGGACAUUCAGCGGUCGACGUCAAUAUCUACGCCUCGUCCCCGAGAGAUGCCUGGCCACUGGUCGGCAACCACGAGAACACCGACGUCGGGUCCUUCCUCGCCGAUUACCUUGAUGUAGACCUGGGGAGCGUCACCAAGAAACUUCAGUCGUUGGCGUAUUGGUCUGGUGGCUUGGAGAAUAUCCAGGCGGAGAAGAUAGAGAAGUUCAGCUGGAUGGGUAAUCCUCUUGGCGAGAAUGUGAGGACGGAGGGACUGGACACAUAUCAUGGAGAGUUCAAACGCUCUACUGAAGGGGAUGACGAAGUGGUAUUCACUGGAGGCUGUGAAUGCGGUGCUGUUCAUUGAGAAACAAUCGGUCUCGGAUAAAUCUACGGAGUUUGGUGUUGCUUGAGGUGAUUUUCGGUAUUCUUCUGUAUUCUUCAACUCUCGGGUUAGCUCUAGGAAUAUCCACAACAAUUCCUUGUGUCUAACGGUUAACCACACUCAAUCCUCCCUCGCUGCAGAUAUAUCUAUCUGGCUGUAUGCUGAUUGUACUUCAUCACUCUUCUCGACGGCACAGAAAUACUAGUAGUCCCAGAAGAACAUUUAAAACAGCGAACCCCAAGACAAGUCCACCGCACCACAUUGCCCCCGAUCAUAGGCUCGCAAUCGGGAGGGUUAAAAGGGAGAGAGGACAUAGUUUCUGCAUCCACAUUUGCAUUGGUCCUCAUCGCCUUGGUAUCCGCAUCUGUACAGGUACCCGCGUUCGUGUUCGUGCCCAUAUCUUGAUCUGUCUGUUCCUGUGUCCCUGAAUCCAACAUCGUUUCAAGCUCUCGCUCGCGGGGAUCAUUAAUCCGAUUCAACUCCGCCAGGAUGUCACGACAGAAGAUGUAGAGUUCGAAGUAGGUAUGUUUGCAUGGUGUGUGGUGGAUUGCUGUGUAGAGGCACAUAUCCUUCUUCUUCACUUUGCGUUCGUCUUCUGUUGUAUAUGUAUAUAUGGAUGAAUUAGAAUGAAAAUAAAUGUAACAGUUCUUUUGUCCCCUCGUAGAUUUUAAAUCGAU